UCCAACCUUAAAGGAAGCUUUGUCAUGGCUAUGUCAGCAAAUGUUGUCAGAAAUCAACUUAAUAGUUUAAGUGGAUUUAAUGGAACUCAUAAAGAACAAGCUGAAAAAUAUAGGUCCUUGCUGGAAGCUGUGGUUACUAAUUCUGGAAAUGAAAUUGUUGACUGUUUAAAAGUCUUUAUUGAAGCGAUUGUAAAUGAACAUGUUAGUUUAGUAAUAUCUCGACAAAUAUUAACUGAUGUUAGUGUUAGAUUAACCCAAUUACCCGAUGAUGUUUCAAAAUCUGUUUCACAUUAUGCCCUGGAUAGAGUGCAACCUCGAGUAAUAUCCUUUGAGGAGCAGGUAUCUAGUAUUCGCCAACAUCUAGCUGAUAUUUAUGAAAGAAACCAAAAUUGGAAAUGUGCUGCAAAUGUUCUUGUGGGAAUUCCAUUGGAAACUGGUCAAAAGCAAUAUUCUAUCGAUUAUAAAUUAGAAACAUAUCUGAAAAUUGCUCGACUAUAUUUAGAAGAUGACGAUUCAGUACAAGCUGAGGCAUAUGUGAAUCGAGCAUCUUUAUUGCAAGCAGAAACAAAAAAUGAGCAACUUCAAAUUUAUUAUAAAGUUUGCUAUGCGAGAGUUUUGGAUUAUAGAAGAAAAUUCAUUGAAGCUGCACAACGUUAUAAUGAGCUUUCGUACCGUGGAAUUAUCCAUGAAGAUGAGCGUAUGACUGCUUUAAGAAAUGCCCUGAUUUGUACAGUAUUAGCAUCAGCCGGACAACAACGCAGUAGGAUGUUAGCAACAUUAUUCAAGGAUGAAAGGUGUCAACAUCUACCAGCAUAUUCAAUUUUGGAGAAAAUGUAUUUAGAUCAAAUAAUUCGCAGAUCUGACUUGCAGGAGUUUGAAGCGCUUUUACAGCCUCAUCAAAAGGCAUCUACUCUGGAUGGUUCAUCAAUUCUGGAUCGUGCUGUGUUUGAACAUAAUUUGCUUUCUGCCAGCAAAUUGUAUAAUAAUAUAACUUUUGAAGAGUUAGGAUCUUUACUUGAAAUAUCAGCUGCAAAAGCAGAGAAAAUAGCCAGCCAAAUGAUAUCAGAAGGGCGAAUGAAUGGUGACAUAGAUCAGAUAGAUCACAUAGUACACUUUGAAACCAGAGAUGUUUUGCCACAAUGGGACAAGCAGAUACAAUCACUUUGUUAUCAAGUUAAUAGUAUUAUUGAAAAAAUUACAGCAGCUGAACCGGAUUGGAUAGCCAGAGCAUUUGAUGAACAAAUGGUACAUUGAUUAAUGAAAAUUAGUGUUUGAAGUUGAAAA